CACAUUCACACGUACAUGCAUACACGAACACACAUUCAGACGAGAAGGCUCCGCGUUCUGUGCCAGAGCCUGGAGCAUCCCCAAGGAGGAGCCAGCAUCCUGAGAACGUGCGCACAGGGGGAAAGGAGGAAAGAGAGGAAAGAGAUGAGGAUGGAAAUAAGGGGGAACUCCUUGCGCAUGCUCUGUGCCUGUCCUUGCAUCUGUGGUACUUGGACGCCCUCUGGCGGCCGCCCGGCCGCCCGCCACGGCGCAGUGCCCUUCCCUCUCCUCGUGACACGUCGUCAGGGGGUGGGGCUUGGAGAGUUACGCGAGUGGCGUGUGCACGCCCGGCGCAAGUUGUUUACGUCACUGUCCCGCGCCGAGGCCAGAGGCCAGAGGAAGAAGUGGGUGCGGGCAGGCAGACGCAUGGCAGUGUCCGGUCCCGCGGGCCCGGGCUCCGGCUCGGGCCUUCAGCUGCCCACGUUCGCGGCGGCCCGCGCUCUCGUGAAGCCUGGCUCGUGCCUGAGCGUGGGCCCUCACCGGCGACACGUGGCGCUGGCACCUCGCUUCCUGGACCGCAAACGAAGCGGUCUCCGCGAGCAGUUGGACCGGGAGCUGUUGCGCUACUCGGAGAGCCUGCGGGGGGUCCCCGUCGCCUAUGACAACCUGAAGAUCGUGGGCGAGCUCGGGGACAUCUACGAUGACCAGGGCCACGUGCACCUGAACGUGGAGGCCGACUUCGUGGUCUUCUGCCCCGAGAGGGGGCAGCGGCUCCUGGGCACAGUCAAUAAGGUGGCGCCCAGCCACCUGGGCUGCUUGGUGCACGGAUGUUUCAAUGCCUCCAUCCCCAAGCCAGAGCACAUGCCCGCAGAGCAGUGGCAGGGUCUGCACUUCCACGUAGGGGAUGAGCUGGAGUUUGAAGUGUCCCGCCUCGACUCGGACGCUGCGGGCGUCUUCUGCAUUCGAGGAGCGCUUAUUGUCAGCAGUUUGCCGCCUGUGUGCCCUGCUCUUCCCGAGGGAUCUGAGAAUGCCGGCCAUGAGCCUGAGCCUGGAACUGGGGAAGAGAAGCCAAAGAAGAAGAGCAAGAAGGACCUGAAGCAGCCCCGUUUGGACGGUGGCCUCAAGGAGGCCGCUGCACCUUCUGAUGAGGCUGGGACUGUAGAGAUUGACCCCCAGGCCCAGGAGGCUGUGAAUGGACUUUGUGAGGAAGAGCAGGAACCUCCGGCAAAGAAGAAACGCCACCGAGAAGAGCCUGAACAGGAUCCUCUGUGGCAUGCCAGCGACUCGAGUGGCUACCAGAGUGACCACCAGAAGAAGAAGAAGAAGAGGAAGAAGCAUAGUGACGAGCCUGAGGGCCCUGUGGCCCCCGAAGAGCCUCGGCCAAAAAGGAAAAAGAAGAAAGAGUGAGCCGCUCUGGACCUGAACAGCCAGGGGGGCCAUCCAGUCCAGGGGCCUGAGGAAGGGCCUGAGCACUUGCUGGCCUGGAAAGGAGAGAAGGGGUUACUGGGGAGCAUUGUAAUGACCCAGAGAAUAAAGAUGACUCCCAGGAGGCGGGGGAAUUCCAGCCAUUUUGCCAGGAGAUGAGGGAGCCCAGUAUCAUGGUCGGGCUGUUCCUGAGCCCAAGAAUUGUGACUGGUGUCCAGGGGAGAUGGAGCAAUUGCCAGGAGACUGACAUUGCCUGUUUUCAUUGGUGGCCUGGCUUCUCCAGGCCCACAGUGGGGCAGGCGUUACUGUCCUGGUAGUCUGGAGAGGAUUUAGCCAUUCCUCCCAUCGUUAUCCUCAUUUCGGGGAGAAUUAAUAAUAAUGACGAUGAUUAAUGGCUCCCAUUCCCAUAGCAUUUGAUGCAUGCCAGGCACAGGGCAAAGCUCUUUCUAUCUCAUUUGGCCUCACAAGAGCCCUGAGAGGCAGGGAGGUGCUGCUGCUAUCACCCCUCUUACAACUGAGGAAACUCAGGCUCACAGAGGCCAAGGGGCUUACCCAGGAUCACCUAACUAGGCCGAAUGUGAACCAAGGGCUUCCUGACUCCAGGCCUAGCGCUCUAACCACUGUGCCUCCUGGUGGCUCCCGCUCUGCACUUACCAGACAGACAGAAGGGAAAACUGGAUGUCCUAAAGUACUCCUCACGUGAUGGGAAGAUUGAUCAUAGGAUUAUUCCUCGUGAAUCCUAUUUUAAAAAGGGGUUUCCAUUUAAAGAGCUUUAAUUUACAUACAGCUUUUCUAGAGAGGGGAGGGAUUUCUUGUGCAAGUUAAGUAUGUGUAUAUGAAUAAAGAACCAAGUGCUUUGUUAUGGGGUAUAUAUAUAUGUGUAUGUAUGCAUCUUUAUCGAUCCAGUAUUACCAAAGUGCCUUUUAAGUUGUUUGCAUAAUAAAGAGAAUCUUAUUUAGUUUAA